AUUUAUUAAUUUGAAAUAUGUGCUUUUGCAAUAUAGAAAAAAAGGACGUCACCCCUGGUUACUUAUAAGAUGAGGGAGAGUCUGUUUUGUGACAUGCCACUCACAGGGCUACACAUAUACAGGUGGACCUACAUACACAUGUAACAGAAGAUUAAAGGCUAACUGAUACAUUAACAAGAAUGUUUUCCAGAAACAAAAUUAACCAGCUAGCCAGAAAAAUUAUCAUUUUAUUGUGCUUCUUGACUGUAUUGGCACCAACUGCUAGCAGUGCCACUGGUACUUCAGAACCAACUGUAGACACUGUUACAACAAAACCUGCCACAUUGACUACUGAAGAGCUGACAACUACUGGCGGUACCUCUGUAUCAACUGGAACCAGCAUUCCUGCAACAACUCCAACUGAAGAUGCAAACACCAUUGAUAUAGUAACUACAGACAAUACAACACCACUGACUAAUGACGCUAGUGUAUCAGAAUCCACAAGAUCCUUUUCUACAGAUACCUCCUCUACAACACAAAAUGAAGACACUACUACAACAGUCACUGAGAAUAACAGUACCCCAGAAACUGAGGGUACUACUGCGGGUGUGUCUGAAACUUCAGUUCCAGAUACCCCAACUUCAACAGAAGCUGAACACUCAACAACAGCAAUCACUGAGAACCAUUUGACAUCAGUAAUUGAAAUCACAACAACAGAUGUAUCAGAAUCUCCAGCUUCAGCCUUCAUAGAUACUCCAACUGUACCAGAAACUGAAGGCUCAACAACAGCAGUCACUGAAGACCAAACUAAAUCAGCAAUUGAAAUCACAACAGGGGUAUCUGAAUCCCCAACUUCAGCCAGCACACUUAACUUAAAUUCAACAGAAGUUGAAUAUUCAACAAUAGCAGUCACUGAGGACCAAACUACAUCAUUAACUGAAAUCACAACAACAGGGGAAUCGGAAUCUCCAACUUCGGCCUUCACAGAUACCCCAGCUUCAACAGAAACUGAACAAUCAACAACACCAGUCACCGAGGACCAUUUUACAUCAGUAACUGACAUCACAACAACAGAUAUUAUGGAAUCCUCAACUUCAGCCUUCACAGAUACUCCAACUUUACCAGAAAUUGAAGGCUCAACAACACCAGUCACUGAAGUUCAAACUACUUCAGUACCUGAAAUCACAACAACAGAGGUGUCUGAAUCUUCAACUUCAGCCUUCACAGAUACUCCAACUUUACCAGAAAUUGAA